AUGAGCAUUCCAUUGAGCUCUAGGCUACCCCCAGAUCGGCUAAUAUGGGCAUACACUUCCAAAGGCAAUUUUACGGUUCGAAGUGCUUAUAAGAUAGCCUUGUCUUCUUCUUCGGAUCAGAGAACUGACAGUUCCAGCAGUGGAAAUCGUAGUAGCUUUUGGAAAAAUCUCUGGCGAUUAAAUGUCCCAAAUAAAGUUAAGUCAUUUGCUUGGCGAGCAAGUCGUAAUAUUUUACCUACAAAGGACAAUUUGUGUCAUCGGAAAGUCCUUAAUGAUCCGAUUUGCGAAGCAUGUGGGUUAGGCGCUGAAUCCCGAGUGGGUAAUGAAUUGUUGGAACUUGUAAUAACAGUUGCCUGGAGUAUGUGGUUUAACAGGAAUGCAGUCCGACAAGGAAAGGCACGACAAAUGGCAGCAACGAUUCUGCAGAAGGCACGACUGUUGCUUGAGGAGUUUCAGCUUGCCAACUUCCAACCUUCACAGCCGAUGAUGCAUGUUAGGGAACAGUGGACCAACCCUUCUCCGCCAUGGUACAAGGUCAACGUCGAUGGAGCAGUUUUUGAGGCCCAACAGGCAUCGAGUGUGGGGGUCAUCAUCAGAGACCAUGGUGGCCUGGUAGCAGCAGCCUUGAGCAAGAAGGUGUUCUGUCCUUUGGGUCCUUUAGAAGCUGAGGCUAAAGCUCUGGAGGAAGCUGUGGACUUCGCUUGGGAUGUUGGUAUAAGGGAUGUUCAUUUUGAAUGUGAUUCAAAAAUGAUCGUAGAUGCUAUGCUCGGUGCUAGCUGUCCUCAAGCAUCCAUCUAUAACAUCAUUAUAGGCAUUGGUCAGAAGGUAUAG